AGUUUAUUAUGUCAAUUUACGUCAUUCGCAACAAUCAUGGAUAGGAGUUUGAUAUAAUUUUCAUUUAUUUUUGUGUUUAAAACCGAGCUUUUGAAAUGAAAUGGAGGAAUCGAAUGUGAAUGAAUCCCUCAAGUGUGCAGGGUGCCUUAAUGAUAUUGGUGAAGAUGAAUAUAUAUCAGCGUUGGCACAAGACUGGCACAAAGACUGCUUUAGGUGCUCGGUUUGUGAUGCGUCUCUAUCGACGUGGUACUUCGAGAAGGCGGGUCUACUUUUCUGUCAGAACGACUACUGGGCGCGUUACGGGGAUAAUUGCCAGCAAUGUGCACAGGUGAUAACAGGUCCGGUGAUGGCUGCAGGCGAGCAUCGCUUCCAUCCGGAGUGCUUCGCGUGUGCUGCGUGUGGUUCUCAUGUUGAAGACGGAGAGCCUUACGCGUUGCUAGAACGUUCGCACUUAUACUGUGGUGCGUGCUGCGGGAAUGCAAUGCGUGGUCCACGUGAUGCACACGCUAUCCACGUGCUGAGGCUGCCGGGACGAGCUCUGCGCCUCGCGCCCACCACUGGCUCCGGACCCGGCGCCGCACUCACCAUCGCACACGGGCGAUGCGCCAGCAAGCUGUCCGCGUUGGCGCGCGCGUUACUCCGAGCCGCGGUCUCCGUCUGCAUACAACUCACCUGCCAUAGGAUUGACUCAAGUUGUGGCGUGCUGACUUUACACAUCGGAGACCGUGUGCUGGAGAUAAACGGCGCACCACUCCGCGGCCGAACUAUCACUGACUUUGAUCCUGACGCCGUAGUGCAGUUAACAAUAGAACAUAAUCCGGACACAUUGAAUAUGAAGAGACCUUCAACAACAAACACACAAACUGACAGACAUGUAGACUGUGACGAUCGACCGAAACUCGAAGGGAAAUCGCCCAUUGAAAGGAAAAUACACAAAGAAGACUUAAAAAAACACAUUCCUAACAGACAUUCCAUUGAUGCCCAAAGAACGAUACACAGGGAAGACGAGGGAGCUAAGAAAGAGAGAUUGUUUAAGAGAAAGGGAGAAGAUGGUGGAAAGAGAGUGAUAAAGAGACGGCAAAUACCAUCAUCUCCACUUUUAGGUGAUAAAGAAAGGAGCAGUAGUAUGUCUAAAUUACUUGAUGUUAGUGUGGAUGGUCCGGAAGCGAGUGGUGUGCUGUGCGACCUGAGUCGAGCGCGCUCCUUCAGAGCUGAGCCCGCGCAGGGACAGAAGGUCUUCCGAGCCUCAGAUCUGUUGCAAGGGGAGCUGUUGGGUUCCGGUUUCUUCGGGCAAGUGUACAAAGUGACCCACAGAGAUACCAACGAGGUGAUGGUGCUCAAACAACUCUACCGUGUUGAUGAAGACGCCCAGAGGAACUUCCUUAAAGAGGUGGCGGUGCUAAGAUCAUUGCAGCAUCCCAACGUGCUGAGAUUUGUGGGCGUGCUGUACAAAGACAAGAGAUUGCAUCUCGUCACAGAAUACGUUGCCGGUGGUACAUUGCAUCAAUUGUUACAGGACAGUUCGCGUGCGCUGAGCUGGGGUGAGCGGGCGCGGCUGGCGCGCGACGUGGCGGCCGGGCUGGGCUACCUGCAUCGCAUGAAUGUUAUACAUCGCGACCUUAACUCACACAACUGUCUCGUCAGAGAGGAUCAGACAGUGAUAGUGGCGGACUUCGGUCUAGCACGUAUAGUACAGCGUACAGCCAGCAGCUCACUGCCGCGCGCACAUCACGCGCACGCCUCACUGCGCAGGAAGAGGUACACGGUGGUGGGAAAUCCGUAUUGGAUGGCUCCGGAGAUGAUGAACGGGAAUGUAUACGAUGAGAAAGUCGACGUGUUCUCAUUCGGCAUCAUACUGUGUGAGAUAAUUGGACGAGUAUCAGCUGACCCGGACUUCCUACCGCGACGUAGUGACUUCGGUCUGAACGAGGCUUUGUUUGUGGAUAAGUUCUGCAAACCCAACGACUGCCCGGAACCCUUCUAUAGGGUCGCAUUCCUCGCCUGCCAGCUAGAUCCAGAUACCAGGCCGCCAUUCGAAGUGAUGGAGAUAUGGCUGGAGAGUUUAGUCCUGCACCUGACAUCCCCUGGUCCCCUGCCCCCCACACUGCUGGCUGACAUCGAGCAGUACGCGAGGGGAGCGCGACAGGGGGCGCUGCCGGGCAGGGGACACGCCACACCCGAGUCCUGCCCACACAAUGAUGCGGGCAUCUUCUGCACCAACAGCGACUCCUGCCCCGCCUGCCUCUCCUGCCACUCCUGCCGUCACACCUCUCCCAGUGGUACUCCUACUGGGGAAUUUGCGGAAGGAGUUAUGAAGUCUCAGUCAAACGCGAGCGUGUGUGUAUCCGAGUGCGGUGUUGGUGUUGCUGGUGGUGGAGGUGGUGGUGUGGGUGGUGGUGGACGUGCGCUGGGUAAGUGCGUGUCAGCAGGUCAGCUGGCGCGCGCCGCAGUGGCCCGCAGAGAGGCACGCUCGCGCUCGCACCACGCACUCGCGCCCGCACUCACACACGCACCCGGGUACAUACUCAGUGCCAGCGGACGUCACAUCAACAUCACUAAGGUGGACGAUAUUAAUGAAUGGCUGGAUCCACCGCAACCUCUCAAACGAACCAGCCCCGACUACCAGCUCAACAACAUACUAUCGGAGCAUCCAAAAACCAGAAAAGUAGAAGAGUCAGUAGACUCACUAGACGGGAACCUCCCAUCUUUUCUCAGGAACCAAUCAGUUGAAGGUCUAGAGUCUAAAUUCAAGCACGACGUGGACACUCCUCUACCCUUCUGCAGACAUUACAGCAUCCCAGAUAAUUGCGAAUCUGUUGACACUAACAGUGAUUCUUCAGACGAUGAUCUCACGGACAUCAGUGAUUGGUAUAGAAAUAUCUCAUACAAAAAAGUAGAAGAUGACACAAAGAAUAUCCUCGCAGGUAUCGUAAAGAAAGGAGAAAGCAUUUUAGCUAAAAAAGCAAGCUAUGAUGUAACAGAUACACCAAAAAAUACAGAUUAUUCAAAAAUAAAAAUAGAAGAUGUCAAAAAUAAUGAGAAAAAUUCCAAUAGACAGGAGAGUAACGUUAGAAACAUCCCAAAGACUUUAGAUGUACAGAAAUCAGUGGAAAAACCUAAUUUCUUCGCAAAGAAACUGCUUUCACCUAAAUUGAGUAGACUAUUUAAGAAUAACAGUGGUGAAGUUGUUAGAAAGAAUAGUGCUAGUGAUAAAGAAGAAAAGUCUAGAAGCAACUUCUUCGUUCAGAAACCUUCUUCGCCGGGUAUCGUGCGGUCUUCUUACAGAGUCAGACCAGCUGAUGAUGAGAGGAAGACAAAUGUGAAUGAUGUGAUUAAAAGUGAUUUGAAGUUAGCUAGUCUUGGUAAACCAAUGACUCCCAUAUUCCGUAGACAUUUGGCGACAGAAAAACCUGAUUUUGUUGAUUGUAGGUAUAGUUGUAGGGAUCGUAAAAGGACUACAAAAAAUGAUGAGAAAUUCAUUGAAAUUGGUAGAAAUAGAAUUAAAACACCUAUUAAUGUUGUCGAAAAGAAUUUAAACCCUUUAAUAAAUACACAUGUAAAUUCUUUAGCGCCUGUACAAGAGAAACAAAUUUGUGAAAAAGGUAAAACAGAUAAGGAGGUACCAAAAAAACGUGAAUUAGGUAUAUCGAGGAGUAAUUACGUAAGUUUGGCGAAUUUAAAGAUUAAUAAUAAGCAAGAGUUAGGACAGAUCGCUAAAGAGAAAGCUAAGAGUGCUUUGAACGGAAGUCCCCCAGUGGAAAAGGUGAUAUAGAUAAUAAGUUUGGUCCAUCGAGUACCAUUUGUGCCACAGAUUAAGUACAAAACGUAGAAAAAAAUAGUAUAAGUAUUUUUCUAUAUUUGGUUGUGGAAAUUUAUGGACCGUUAGAAUAAUAAUAUUAAAAAAAUAUAGUUUAAAAUAUUGCUUUUUUGUUGGAAACAGUCUUUAACUUUGUUAGAAGUGUAAUUAUGUGAAAUUUAUAUGUUUUGAGUUUACUUAGUACGUUAAAUAAAAAUGGUCCUUCAAGUCGGAUAUCUGUUGGUCAAACAGUGCUCGAUGGACCAACGGUGGACAGAUUUAUCGUGGGUUUUCGGUGUCGUAUUAUUUACCUUCGUAUACAAGACAACGUAAAUCGUAACUAAUAUGGUUGCGUCGCUAAACCGCGUGGAAGUUGAAUCAAUGCGAGUCGUCUAUUCCAUCAGUACAUAGCGACAUAUCAACUGUACAGAUCUACUCCGCCAUCUUGAAAAUAGUGACUUUUCUCACGGCGAUUUUGAUAAAUUAAUUGCAAACUGAACUGCAAACGUCUGUCUUUGGCGAUAACACCUAAAAAUGUCGGCAAUGUGCGCUGUAUGAACCUCUAUGAUGUUACGU